CAUGGCGCCCGGCGGGUCAGGACGACGCUCAGCUUCAGGGGCAGACAACGUCAGGCAUUACUGAGGCUCGCGCGGGUGUUGUGUGGCUCGACUGGCUGAGACACCAGGUCACCAUCUUUGUGUGGCGUGAUGGACGGAGACACCAGCAACACCAGGUCCAUUAUGAAAUCGGUGGAUGCAGUGGUGAUUGUGGUGGUAUUGCUGGUGCAGUCACACAUUUGUCUUUGUGCAGUUGUCAAGCACCCAGACUUUAGCACAGACAGACAGAAUGUGGCCAGUCUUUUGGUGGAUGGGGUUGGCACAGUAGUAGACUUCAAACCCACAUUGGAAAAUGAGGUAACACACAAACCUGGUGUACAGGAUGUGGACAAGUUCACAUCAGGCCACCUCAAACCCCAACUGGUAAAUGAAACUAUACCUCAACAGGGACACAUUGAUGGUCCCUUUGAUGGUAACGCAACAGGCCACCCCAAUCCACCACUGAAUGAAACCACGCCUCAUCAUGCCGGAUCAUCAAAUCUAAGCACAGAGGGAGUUCAUUCUACAGCUAACAAGAUUGGAGUGAAUGUAGAAUUUGUAGGCGGCAAAGCGGAUAAUGUGUCCACCCCAGCACCCAAGUUCAUCACUUCCCCAGGCAACCUUAUUUACAGCAUGUGGGGCUUCAUUUUUGGCGGUGUACUCUUGUUCUUCAACUUGAACGAUUCCUUCAGGGGACCUAUCAUCAAUGGAAUAAAUAGUCUUUUUGGACACCGUGGUGACCGCAGGCGUCGUCGAAGUGCACAAGAGGGCUUAGAAUUUUACGUGUCUUCAUCAUUUGACAUGCUAGUUGACACACUUGACAAAAUGGAGAGGUUCUCAAAUACUGAAUAGAACUUUGUAUAUACUGUAGUGAAAAUAUUAUUUUAGUUUUGGUGUCGUAGUAGUAUAAUUUCUAAGCUAAUUUUACCCAUAAAUGUGCAGAGUAUGCUAGAUAAUUGGAUUUGUAUACAUUAACAUUCAGCCUUGUACAGUAAAAGUACAGUAUAUGCGUAAGUAAUUUACCUGGGUCUUGAGGUUAAUUGAGGCAACAUGAUUAACUGGAUCUGUGUAGGAAGCCUGAUGGAACUUUGUUACAUGAAUGAGUAAACUUUGUAUAAUUGCUUAGUUGUACAUUAGGGAAGAAUGUUACUGACCCAGAAUGAAAGUAUGGAAAAAGAUUCCAUGAGAGCAGCAGCAAGAACUUUAAAAUUGCUUAAGUAUUUGUGUUAAGCUUUUAAACCAUAAAUGCCUGUGGUGUGAACAAUGUGCCAAGAUGAACAUUUGAGGCAGAAAUUUCUUCUGGUUAAUGGAGAAAUCCCAGUUUAAAAAUAAAAUAAAAUAAAACCCA